AUGAAGUUCCUCGUAUCGAGUCCAAACCUAGAGACGAAGCCCCAUCCUUCUUGUCCGUCCAACACACGCACCGCAUACUUCAAGCACAUUGCAGAUAGGAUGGGAGAUCUCGCCGUCGAGCUCACUGCGCCCAACGGGCAGAAGUGGACUCAGCCAACCGGCCUGUUCAUCAACAACGAAUUCGUGCCCUCAUCCACAGGGCAAACCAUCCCCUCCAUUGACCCGGCCACCGAGGAGGAAAUCGUGUCAGUCCACGCGGCGAAUGCCGACGAUGUCGACAAGGCAGUGAGAGCCGCCGCUGCGGCGUUGAAGGACCCCGCGUGGAAAGACUUGGCAGCUUCGGACAGGGGCAUUCUCAUGGCCCGCCUCGCCGAUCUGAUGGAGUCCAACAAGGAGUUGCUUGCAACCAUCGACGCCUGGGACAAUGGCAAGACAUACACCGAGGCAUUGACGAACGACCUCGUCGAGGCAGUGGGCGUCAUCCGCUACUACAGCGGGUGGUGCGACAAGAUAUUCGGCCAGACCAUCGCCCUGCCGAACAAGUUUGCCUACACUGUACGGCAGCCCGUCGGCGUCAUCGGGCAGAUCAUCCCAUGGAACUAUCCACUCUCGAUGGCAACGUACGUGGAAGCUUGGCCCAGCCCUCGCCUGCGGAAACACGGUCGUACUAAGGCCGCCGAGCAGACCCCGCUGAGCAUACUGGUUUUCGGGCGCCUCUUCAAGGAAGCGGGGUUUCCUCCCGGCGUCGUGAACUUCAUCAACGGCCUGGGUAAAGAUGCCGGUGCCGCGCUCGUACAGCACCCGCUGGUCGACAAGGUCGCGUUCACGGGAUUAACCGGCACCGCGACGAGCGUCAUGCAGAUGGCGUCGGCGACGUUGAAGAACGUCACCUUCGAAACGGGCGGGAAGUCGCCUCUUUUGGUCUUCAACGACGCGGACCUCGAGCAGGCCGUCAAGUGGUCGCAUAUGGGCAUCAUGUCCAACCAGGGCCAGAUCUGCACGGCCACCUCACGCAUCCUCGUCCAACAGGACAUCUACGACGCCUUCGUCGCCCGCUUCGUCGACGAGGUCCACAAGACGAGCAAGGUGGGCGACCAGUGGGACCCGGAGACCUACCAGGGCCCGCAGGUGUCGAAGCAGCAGCACGAGCGCGUCCUGUCGUACAUCCAGGCCGGCCGCGACGAGGGCGCGACGGUCCAGACGGGGGGCGGGCGGCCGGUGCACCUCGGCAGGGGCUACUACGUCUCGCCGACGGUCUUCACGGACGUCCGCAGCGACAUGAGGAUCUGGCGCGAGGAGAUCUUCGGCCCCGUCGUCGUCAUCCGCAAGUUCGGCGGGGAGGCCGAGGCGAUCAAGGUCGCGAACGACAGCGUCUACGGGUUGGGCGCGGCGGUCUUCACGACGGACCUGGAGAGGGCGCACCGCGUUGCCGCCGAGAUCGAGUCCGGCAUGGUCUGGAUCAACAGCAGUCAGGACUGCGACCCCAGGGUUCCCUUUGGCGGCGUGAAGCAGAGCGGCAUCGGACGGGAGCUCGGCGAGGCGGGACUGGAGGCGUACACCCAGAUCAAGGCGGUUCAUGUGAACAUGGGCAACAGGCUGUGA